UCUACACAGAUGUGACCACAGAUGUCAAUUUUGAUAUAAUUUAAAUAUAUUUUAAACUCUCUACUCUUCCAAUCAUGACGUUAACAGAUCCUAAACUUGCUAAGAAGAUCGACGAAGUCAUCGCCGAAAUUAAAAGCGCAAAAUCUGACGAAGAAGUGAACAGUUUGGUCAAGUCUUAUUUAGAUGCUAUGAGCAAUGAAUCGACAAAAAUUCCCGACUUUGAUGAUAAUCUAGAGUGGCUUAACUGCAACAAUCCCCUAUCUUUCAAAGACCAGCUGCGUGGCAAGYUAUGUGUACUUGAUUUCUUUACGUAUUGCUGCAUCAACUGCAUGCAUAUUCUUCCAGAUUUAGAAUGUUUAGAACACAAACAUUCUGUAGAAGAUGGAGUGAUGAUAGUUGGUGUCCACUCGGCAAAGUUCGACAACGAAAAAGUGUCUGCAAACAUUUUAAGUGCAAUCAUUCGAUAUAAUAUAGAGCAUGUUGUAGUAAAUGAUUCUGAAGCAAAGAUGUGGCAUUCUUUAGGAGUUGCAUGUUGGCCUACUUUGGUAGUUGUUGGACCUUCAGGAGAGAUAUUGCUGUCACUUGURGGGGAGGGGCACAGGGACAUUUUGCUGCAAUUUAUUGGGUCAGCAUUGCAAUAUUACUGUUCUAAAGGUCAAAUUAGUCAUCACAAGAUUGAAACAUCCCUAGCCAAAGAUGAAAUUCCUAAAACUAGUCUAUCAUUUCCUGGAAAAAUUUGCACUGAUGAAUCUGGUAAAAGAUUGGUUGUCUCAGAUACUGGACACCAUAGGAUCCUUGUCCUCAGCAAAGAGGGUGUUACCCAGAAUGUGAUUGGAGGAAAAGCUAGUGGAUUUAAAGAUGGCAGUUUUCAUGAAGCACUUUUUCAUUCACCACAAGGUGUUGUUAUAAAAGGUGAAAUGAUCUAUGUUGCAGACACUGAAAAUCAUGCAGUCAGAAAGAUUGAUUUGGAAGAUGGUACAGUGAGUACUAUUGCUGGAACAGGACUUCAAGGUAUUGACAAGGAGGGUGGCUCUCAAGGUCAASAGCAGUGUAUAAGUUCACCAUGGGACAUUGUYAUUGGUCCCCCUCCAGGUUCAAAAGGUGAAAGCAACAAUGAAAGUGUUUUGUAUAUUGCAAUGGCUGGCACACAUCAGAUAUGGGCCCUUUACUUGAAAGAUGACUCUUGGCUCAAGGGAGGCUCKCAUAAAGCUGGCACYUGCAUUCGUUUCGCGGGAAGUGGCGAAGAAGCAAACCGUAACAACAGUUAUCCACACAAAUCCUCAUUUGCACAGCCGUCAGGUUUGGCUUUGGCGUACUUCAAAUCAUCAUGGACUUUAUUUCUAGCUGACAGUGAAAGUAGUAGCAUUCGCUCGUUGGAUAUUGCAACUGGAGCGACUAAAGCAGUGGUUGGUGCUGAUAGAGAUCCUAAUAAUCUGUUCGCGUUUGGAGACAUGGAUGGGAAAGGAGUGGACGUAAAACUUCAGCAUCCUCUCGGUGUUACUUGGAACAAGUACAGYCAGGAACUCUUUGUUGCUGAUUCGUAUAACCAUAAGAUAAAGAAAGUUAAUCCUCUGGAUAAGACUUGUACCACACUACUCGGUAGCGGUCAACCCAGCCCAGAGAUUUUAGACGAGCCUGGYGGGUUGUGCAUCAGUCCAUGUGGACAGCGGUUAUACGUAGCAGAUACUAACAACGGUGUCAUUAGAAGCAUUGAGUUAGMAAAUUCACAAAUGACACAGAUCACCUUUGUUGAUGUGGAAAGUCGUAYGAACACUCUUAAGAAACCAAGAGAGCAGACAGAUGCAGGAUCCGUCACGCAACRAKUAGUGAAACGUAUUACAUCAACGAAAACGCCUGUCACACAACAYGAURCAGUCAGCGUCACRUCAUAUGAAGGUCUUGAAGUGACGUUAAACAUAACUAUGGGACAUGAAUGUAAACUGAAUGAAGAUGYGGUUAGUAAAUGGCAGGUUUCUUGGAUCGAAACGGGAAAUUUACAAUCRCUACAGGAUCAAAGUUGUUUCACACCGCCUUCAGGAGUUUUCAAGAAUGAUUUGUUAUCAGCAGUAACUAGAGUUGCCUGGCCCGAUGCUGCUUUGAAGAUAGUCAAGCUACAGGUCGAGGCGGUGUUCUACUAUUGUGAGCCAAGUGGAACCUGUCGUAUGGAGGGACUGGUAUAUCAUAUACCACUGACUGCAGGGAACACUGAGGGGCAAGAUUCAUUGGUGUUAAAUCAUACGUUAUAUGAAUGAGCAAAAUGGGAACCUCUGCUCUCAGGGUACACUCCAGGAUAGAACUAGUUCACUGGUGCUAAAUCAUACGUUGUAUAAAUGAGCCGGGAACCUUCCGUAGCGAGAGACUUCCGAAUAUAUCACAUAUCACUGAUCGUCAGGAACCCUCCGGGACAGCAUUUCCAGGUGCUAAAUCAUACGUUACACAAAUGAGACUUGUCCGUCACCUUCAUAUUUUACUGAUUGCAAAGAAAGUAGAAUUAAAAUAAUGUGAUAUUAACCUCUCAGUUUUGUAGUAAACAGGUUAUCCAUAGACUUUUGUAUGCUAAUUUCUAUUGCUAAUACAAAUAUUCUGAAUCAUAUGCGUUCGCAAAUGUUGCAUGGAUGACAUGAUUUCAAYAGUUUAGRUCCGAUGCUGGAUGGAAGAAUUAGGGGACUAYUUCUUGAGGACUUGAUUUUUUUAUGCUUUGUUUGUUAUUCUGUUUUCGACUCGGGAGAACUGUAACUAAAACAUGCGCUAUGAAGCCAGUUUUCCAUGGACUUAAGUCUGAUUCAUCGGUARAUCGUCACGGCGUAAAAGCAUGGAAUGGGGAGMAGGAAGUGAAGAGAAAAAGAAAAUAAAUGAWGAAAAAGGAAAAGCAGAAAGAAAUGCAAUCUCGAGCUCAAAGUAGAAAGACAGUCGAUAGCAGGCUUUGAAUGUUUUAAUGAUACUAAUUACUUUCAAUAUUGCCAUUCUUUUUCACUUUACUUUUUUGUCUGUUAGUAUUGCUUGCCAGGAUUGGCACAUGCAGUUUUACAUUAGUGUUAUUUCUGUUUGCAAUCACAAUCUAAGUACGAACGUUGAAAAACAAUAUUUUGUUUGUGCACCAAAUUUAUUUUUAAAAGCCAUAUUGGAAUACAGUUUACACAAUUCCUUA